AUGGCGGACAUCCCAGCCCUGGACCCGGAGGCUGAGCCCAGCAUGGAUGUGAUUUUGGUGGGAUCCAGUGAGCUCUCAAGCUCUGUUUCACCCGCAGGCAGAGAUCUUAUUGCAUAUGAAGUCAAGGCUAACCAGCGAAAUAUAGAAGACAUCUGCAUCUGCUGCGGAAGUCUCCAGGUUCACACGCAGCACCCUCUGUUUGAGGGAGGGAUCUGCACCCCGUGUAAGGACAAGUUCCUGGAUGCCCUCUUCCUGUACGACGAUGACGGGUACCAAUCUUACUGCUCCAUCUGCUGCUCCGGAGAGACGCUGCUCAUCUGCGGAAACCCUGAUUGCACCCGAUGCUACUGCUUCGAAUGUGUGGAUAGCCUGGUCGGCCCCGGGACGUCGGGGAAGGUGCAUGCUAUGAGCAACUGGGUGUGCUUCCUGUGCCUGCCCUUCUCCCGAAACGGGCUGCUGCAGCGUCGGAGGAAGUGGCGCAGCCAGCUCAAGGCCUUCUACGACCGAGAGUCGGAGAAUCCCCUUGAGAUGUUCGAAACCGUGCCUGUGUGGAGGAGACAGCCGGUCCGGGUGCUGUCCCUUUUUGAAAACAUCAAGAAAGAGCUGACGAGUUUGGGCUUUCUGGAAAGUGGUUCUAAGCCGGGACAGCUGAAGCAUGUGGAUGAUGUCACAGACACAGUGAGGAAGGACGUGGAGGAGUGGGGACCCUUUGAUCUUCUGUAUGGCGCCACACCUCCCCUGGGCCACACCUGUGACCGUCCUCCCAGCUGGUACCUGUUCCAGUUCCACCGGCUCCUGCAGUACGCACGGCCCAAGCCAGGCAGCCCCAGGCCCUUCUGGAUGUUCGUGGACAAUCUGGUGCUGAACAAAGAAGACCAGGAUGUCGCGUCUCGCUUCCUGGAG